CGGUGUUGGAAGACGUUAGUGCAAAAUAUUCGGGCUGCACACAAGAACAUAAACGACACGUAAACGUCACCAAAAAUAAGCAGCUAUCCAGUUCGAUUAGUUAGGAUUAGUGAGAGAUGUCCAACUAGGCAGCGCGCCCAGAUUCGUCCAGGCUGCGUCAGUGUGCGAUUGGGCUAGUGGCGAUUGCCAAAACAUAUGCGAAGGUCGUCGGAAGGGAGGAGGAGCUGCCCUGCCCCACGAAAACUGCAAUUUUCUGCGCUAGCCCUGGAACUGGAAGCCAACUAGCUGCAGUCGAAGAGCCGCAACGGAGGACAACCGGACACCAUGGCGCUUCCAGGCAAUGGCAUCUACGUGGUGCGGGGCGAAAUGGCCACCCUGAUGACGGCCAUGCGACGUGGAACGCGUUGGAAUGCCACCGCCUACGUGGACGACGAGAAGGACUCGCUGCUAAAGCUGUUCAUUGACCUCAAGCUUGAGCUAAAUCGGAUCGAGGACCUGCGCCUGAUCGAACCCCAGGUCUUCCUGGCUCCGUUUCUAGAGGUGAUUCGAACAGCGGACACCACGGGUCCGUUGACUAGUCUGGCUCUGUCCUCGGUGAAUAAAUUCUUGUCUUACGGGCUAAUAGAUCCCACAUCUCCAAAUCUGGCUGACAUCGUGGAGCGCAUUGCCGAUGCUGUGACACAUGCCCGCUUUAUGGGCACCGAUCAGUCCUCGGAUGGUGUCACCUUUAUGCGAGUGAUUGAGGUGCUGCACACGCUUAUCCGCAGUCCCGAGGGAGCUGCCGUCAGCAAUGAGUCCAUGUGCGAGGUGAUGCUCAGCUGCUUCAAGAUCUGCUUCGAGCCGAGGCUAAGUGAACUGCUGCGCCGCUCGGCGGAACAGUCGCUCAAGGACAUGGUGCUGCUCUUCUUCAUGCGCCUUCCCCAGUUUGCCGAAGAGCGAAGUGACACCAUGCUUCAAAAGCGGUUUACUAUCGGAGAUGCUGCCAGCGGAGCUACCCAAGAAAAACUGAAGCGUAAGGCGGUGGCCCAAGUCUCGGCUGCCCCCAGGAAAUCGUCAGCAGUAGAGGAACCGCCACAGACGCCGCAGUCUGCCAACCUAACAGUUCCCGGGCAUUUAAAGGCGCCCAUACUGGCCACCACACCCGCCAGUCCAGCGGGAAACAUUUUGGACAUGCAGGGAAAGAUUACGCAGACACCAACAACAACUGCGAUCACGGGGGAAGACGAAACCCCUGUCCCAGAGACACCUGCUAUUCAAGUAGAGUCGACCGAUUCGGAGCCUUUGCUGGACGGCGAAACGGGCGAAGCAGCCGGCACUCUGGCCGAGGCAAAUAGCAGCGAGUACAUCAACUCGGUGGGCGUCCGUUUCACACAGCAGUCUACCGACCUUGAUGCCGCAUCUCUCUCUCCUUAUGGCCUGCCCUUCAUCCAGGAGUUGUUCCGAUUCCUUAUAAUCCUCUGCAAUCCCCUGGAUAAGCAGAACUCGGAUAGCAUGAUGCACACGGGCCUUAGCCUUCUUACUGUAGCCUUCGAGGUGGCAGCCGAUAAUAUUGGGAAGUAUGAGGGCUUGCUGGAGCUGGUAAAGGACGACCUGUGCAGAAACUUGAUAUCGCUCCUCAGCUCGGAGCGGCUUAGCAUCUUUGCUGCCGACCUGCAGCUCUGCUUUUUGCUCUUCGAGUCUCUCCGCGGACAUCUUAAGUUUCAGCUUGAAGCCUACCUUAGGAAAUUGAGCGAGAUUAUUGCUAGCGACAAUCCCAAGACGCCCUACGAAAUGCGAGAACUCGCUCUGGACAAUCUUCUGCAGUUGUGGCGCAUCCCCGGCUUCGUCACUGAAUUGUAUAUUAACUACGAUUGUGACUUGUACUGCACGGAUAUGUUUGAAAGUCUGACAAACCUACUGAGCAAGUACACGCUGUCAGCAACCAAUGCAGUUUAUAGCACCCACAUUAUCUCAAUGGACACCCUCAUAAGUGUGAUUGACAGCAUCGAGAGAAACUGUGCCGCGAGCAAGAACAGCAACAACAGGGAGUCCUUGCCAGAAGCUGCACCAGCAACAGGUGGAAGUCGCCAUUCUCGGCACAACAGCGGAUUGGAGGGAAUCGUAAUUGAUUCUGGUAAUAGUGCAGCUGUAGAAGAGAAAGUGGAGAACAUCGCCAGUUUUAUAAACGCUAGCUCACAGCGACUACGACUACAAUCUGGCGGCGAGGGAGUGGGAAUAACCACUGAACAGCUGGCCAAUGUCAAACAAAAGAAGCGCCUGCUAUCUCAGGGCACAGAGCGCUUUAAUCAGCGCCCAGAAAAAGGCAUCCAGUAUCUGCAAGAACACGGCAUCCUUAAUGCCGAGCUCGAUCCCAUGCAGGUGGCCCUGUUCCUUCGCGAAAAUCCCGGGCUCGAUAAGAAAAUGAUUGGGGAAUACAUCUCGAAAAAGAAGAACGUCGACUCUAAGAUUCUAAUUAAUUUUGUGGACUCGUUUGAUUUUACUGGUCUUCGAGUGGAUCAAGCAUUGCGCCUUUAUUUGGAGACCUUCAGAUUGCCCGGAGAAGCUCCAUUGAUUUUUUUGGUGCUGGAACACUUUUCUGAUCAUUGGCAUAAACAAAACCAAGACCCGUUUGCCAACGUAGAUGCUGCUUUCCGCUUGGCGUAUGCUAUCAUCAUGCUGAACAUGGAUCAGCAUAACUCUAACGCGAAGCGUUUAAAUGUUCCAAUGACGCUGGAGGAUUUCACAAAGAACUUGCGUGGUCUAAAUGGUGGCGAAGAUUUCGAUCAAGAAAUGUUGGCUCAAGUCUUUAAUGCAAUCAAGAACGAAGAGAUCGUGAUGCCAGCAGAGCAAACAGGCUUGGUACGUGAAAACUACCAAUGGAAAGUACUGCUUCGUCGAGGAGACACCCACGAUGGACAUUUCCAUUAUGUGCAUGACGCAUCAUACGACGUGGACAUCUUCAAUAUUGUGUGGGGUGCUUCUCUGAGCGCCCUAAGCUUUAUGUUUGAUAAGAGCACUGAAACGGGUUACCAACGAACUCUAGCAGGUUUCAGCAAAUCCGCUGCCAUAUCUGCGCACUAUAAUCUGCAUUCGGACUUCGAUGCCCUCGUUUUAACUCUCUGCAAAUUCACAACGUUGCUGAGCAGCGUAGAACAACAUGAGCCCGCUCCGGCAAACAAUGAAAUCCAACAAGCUGUGAACUUUGGAUUGAAUGGAAAGGCUCAGGCUGCAAUGCGCACGGUGUUUUUAUUGGUUCACGAUUAUGGCGACUGCUUAAGAGAGAGCUGGAAGCACAUUUUGGAUCUAUACCUUCAGCUUUUCCGUCUUAAGUUGCUCCCGAAAUCAUUGAUCGAAGUGGAAGACUUUUGUGAGGCGAACGGAAAGGCCAUGUUAAUCCUGGAAAAGCCCCGGGAGAAGCAGGAAUCAGGAUUGUUUUCUAGUCUGUACUCAUUUAUUAGCUCGGAGGGUCAGCGAGAACCAACGUACGAGGAGCAGGAUUUCAUCAAGCUUGGACGGAAGUGCAUUAAGGAGUGCCAGCUGGAUCAAAUGCUUCAGGAAUCAAAGUUUGUGCAACUAGAGUCGCUACAGGAGUUGCUCAAAUGCGUGUUGGCGCUACUGAAGGCUCCCCAGGGGCACAAAUCCAUUGGCCUACCGUACGCCGAAGAUCAAACUGUUUUCUGGAUGGAGUUUUUGGUCAAGAUAGUGGUUCAUAAUCGGGAUCGCAUGAUACCGCUGUGGCCAGCAGUUCGAGACCAAAUGUAUCUACUUCUCAUGGGCAGUGCCUCCUGUGGAUACGACUACCUACUCAACCGAUGUAUUGUAGCGGUCCUAAAACUAGCAAUUUAUUUGAUGCGAAACGAAGAGCUGUGUCCGAUUGUAUUGCAAUCUCUCAAGAUGCUUUUGAUGCUGAAGCCUGCCUUGUUGCUGCGCAUUUCUAAGCAGAUUUCUAUUGGCAUCUACGAGCUGCUCAAGACGUCGGCCCAAAAUAUUCAUUCCGAGCAGGACUGGCAGAUUAUUUUCAAUCUACUUGAAUGCGUGGGAGCCGGAGCUGUGCCGCCCAGUUACGAUGAUGCCCAGUUGCCCAUGCCGCCCAAUGGAAGCGCAAAGUCGGAUGGCGCUAUAAGUGGCGAGGAGGAAGCAACCGCUGUGCCAGAGCGUGGAUACACAUCCGAUUCGGAGAUCACCAAGGCAUCUGCAGCUCCUGCUGCCUCCAGUCCAAGUGCUGAGAACUGGAUUCUGGUCAAUAACAAGGACAGUGAGUUAACAACGGCCUCUAGACCUCAAUCUCCGCCAAGCCUGAGUGCUCCUUCAGUAAACACACUUGUUUACAGUUGCCAGCUACUGGACCACGCACCUUUUGCCCUUUUCAAGUGCUGGGACUCGCUGGCCUUUAUCGUUCGCAGUGUUGCCCACAUUACGCCUUACAAUUUUGAAGCCUGCGUUCGAUGCAUCCGCAUCUUUGUGGAGGCUUGCCGGGAUGGAGGUAUACGCCAGCGCCGAAAGCUGGAGUCGGCGGCUAAGCAGAAAAGUGCCAAGAAGCGCAGCGAACGCAAACCGGGCAUGGCGUCCUCUGCAUCGAGCAGCAAUCUUACUCUUCUGACGGGCGACCCGGCCGACAACCAGAUAAACGGAAAUGCGGCAGAACAGGAGGACCUGGCCCAGCGCUACGAACAGUUGUCCAUUCAACUGCUGGACCUGAUGUAUACGCUGUACACGCGAACUGCACAGAUCUUCCGAUGGUGGGCGGAAGAAGGAUGCACAGUGCCGCAGUCGGCAGCUUUGUGGUCACCGGGCUGGUGCCCAUUGCUGCAGGGCAUCGCCAGGCUGGCCAUGGAUCGGCGGCGAGAGGUGCGCACUCAUGCCAUCUCGUGCCUGCAGCAGCGGGCAUUGCUGGUGCAUGACCUGCAGACGUUGUCGGGAACAGAAUGGUGCUCUUGCUUCCACCAGGUGCUGUUCCCCCUCUUAAACGAACUGCUGCCCGAGAGCAGUGCAGCCGGCCAGCUAGACGCCUCGCUCCUCGAGGAGUCGCGUAUACGGACGGCCACCAUCAUGUCCAAGGUGUUCCUACAACACCUUACCACGCUCAUCGAGUUAGGCAACGCGUUUAACGAGCUUUGGCUGGACAUAUUGGACUACAUUGAGCGCUUUAUGAAGGUGGGAUCGGACACAUUGUCGGAACAGAUGCAGGAGAUACUGAAGAACAUGCUGCUUGUUAUGCACUCAGUCCGGGUGUUCCACAAUCAGGAUGGCAGCUUACAGCAGGCUCUUUGGGAGCUAACCUGGCGGCGCAUUGGUGAAUUUUUGCCCAACCUAAAGGAUGAGCUAUUCCACGAUGAGGGCAAGCGAGCUCAGACCUUAACGAACCAAGCUCCUCUGGCAGCUGUGGCUGUCGCUCCACAGCAACAGUUACCAGCGGUGACCAUCUUACCCAGGCAAACCCAGGUUUCCAACGAGUUAGUGGUGAACGCGCCCACUCCGCCGGCAGCUACACCCGUACUUGGCUCUCCUGUCGAGUCCCCGAGGAGGAGCAUUAUACUGCAGCCACCCGUGGCAGAUGCACUGCAACACCCGCCCAGCUUUGUAUUCGCUCAGCCCAUGAUUGUGCCACCCCAGCAGCCUGCAGCUACAGACCCGAUGCCAAGCACAUUAUUGCCGGAUUUGGUGAAUGAGGCAACUGCUGCUGCCGUGCAAUCCGCGACCACGUCCCCGGCGCACAGCCCGCUGGAGGCGGAGCAGCCGGCUCCAAUAGUGCAGCAGACCAACAUCGUUACCACCAACAAUACGUACAAUAGCUACGCCAUUGAGGUGCCCAUGUCACCGGACACUACUGCGGAACAGUUUGGGCAGCAGCAGCAGCAACAAAUGCUCUACCAACAGUACUAUCAACAGUAUCACGCCCAGCAGCAACCGUUGCCAGCUCAAGCCAGUGAUCCUGCCAUCAAUGUGCCAAUCAGCCAUCUGCUGGCCGGAAAUGCGUACCCCUCGCUACCCAAAAUGCCGCAGGCAUCAAUCGUGCACAGCUUUGCACCCGUUUACGAAAGCCAGGCGGCGACGAGUGGAACUGGUCCAGCAGCGGAUAUCUAUCAGGAAUAUGUGCAAAAUCCCUACAACCUUACGUUGCAGCAGAAUCCCCAGCAGCAGCACCAUCAGCAGCAGCAGCAGGUACAGCAAGCCCAAGGAAUGGCCACCGCAUUUCCCGCCGUUGCCACGCCAGCCAACUACUUUAAUGUGAAUGUGGACCCCAGUAGCAUACCGCCCGGAUCGGAGCUGCUCUACGGCCAGCAGUGAAGAGGAGUGUUGAAAGUGUAUUUCAAUUUCAAUCCACCUGACCGUUUAAUUUUGUACCCUGUGUUGUAGAGAAGCUCUUUCCUCGUAGUUAAUUCUAUAAAAUUGUGUCAAUUUGUUUUUGUUAUUUAUGCCUCCCCCAACUAAAGUAUAACUACAUUCCGCCCUGGCGUUUGUUUAUUAAGCUAACCGAAAAACAACACUAAAUCACAGAUCCAGAUGCGAGGUCCGGCAGAAACCCCUAUAAGCUUUAGUAAUGCAAAUAGUUUAAUUAAUAUUAAUUAAAUAAUUAUAUCUUCUGUAUGUUAUGCAAAGAGGCAAACUGUAAAUAAUCAAAAUUAAAAGUCUAUAAAACAAA